AUGUCAGCGCCACCCAAAGAAGACUGCCAGAAUGAAGGGACCGUUCGAGGGAAGGAUGCCAGCUUAACCUAUGACGCCGUGGAGGGUAUCCUUAUCAUUGAAGGCGACUCCGGGCACGAGACCAUUCUCGACGGCAGCGUUAUCGCUGUCGUCGAUGGGAGAAAGGAUGGAGAAUCUGGUACCAAAACUCAACAAAUUCUGCUCCUCUCCCAACUCCCAGGAGCGCACUACAGGUUCGAGGAUGUCCAAGUCACGAAUUUGCCGCAGUCAUUCAUAGACGCCAACGUAAUCUCGCCUCAUUUUGGGCAACUAGUGCCUUCCAGAAGUGCAUCCAAAGGCAGCGGCUCUGUUCCAAGUCUAUAUGUCGUAAUAUCCAUCGGUUCUGGUACAGGUGAAGCACAAGGAUUCUUUGAUAAUGUUGUCAAGCCAGCAUUUACUGCUAGUGGCGUUCAACCCUUCUCCUACUACGUUCAUACUACGAACUCUAACAAGAGCAUCGAGAGGCUUAUCAGCGCGGUGAUACUGCCUCGAGCGAAUGAAGGCGUGUCUCAAACAGUCCUGCUUUUAUCAGGCGACGGCGGUGUGGUCGACACCAUCAAUGUGUUGCUCUCUUCGACGAGAAGCGGACAAUACGUCAAGCCAGCAAUCGGCCUUGUUACCAUGGGCACUGGCAAUGCUUUGGCUAACUCUACAGGCCUGAAUCGCGAUCUGACGCGAGGUCUUCGUCACUUCUAUCGUGGACAAGCCCACCCGUUACCAACGUUGACUGCAACGUUCUCCCCAAAUUCGGAAAUUUUGUUCGAUGAAGGCAGACAGACCGAGCCUGUAGCGCCACCUGCUGCUGAUGCCGGAGAAAUGUACGGAGCUGUGGUCUGCAGCUGGGCUCUCCAUGCUUCUCUAGUGGCCGACAGUGAUACGGCGGAGUACCGCAAAUUUGGUAGUCAACGUUUUCAGAUGGCUGCAAAAGAACUGCUUUCACCGUCUGAUGGCUCUGCACCGCAUGUUUACAAGGGUCAAAUCACACUGGUCAAGCUCGACGACAAUGGCCAUGAAUUUCAGCAGAUGCUGGAUGCGCAGGAACAUGGGUACAUACUAGCCACACUGGUCUCUAACCUGGAAGAGAAACUUACCAUCUCUCCUCAUUCGAAGCCUCUGGAUAACCAGCUACGCUUAGUGCAUUUUGGCGCUAUUCCUAGCGAAGAAGUGAUGAAAAUUUUGGGACUAGCAUUCCAAGGCGGAGCCCAUAUUGAUAAUGAAACGGUCGGCUACGAGAGCAUUGAGAGAAUUAGGAUCGACUUCGAUGAAUCAGAUGGUCGCUGGCGAAGAGUGUGCGUAGAUGGGAGAAUCGUCCGAGUGGGUGAAGGCGGAUGGGUGGAGGUGAGAAAGAACACUGGCAUGGAUGUCAUCGACAUCAUUGUCGAUUUGAGAGUAUGA